CAGAAAGGUCUUUUGGCAAGACUGGCUUGACAAAGAUGGCCCUGGAAUGUCUAGAGUCCGGGCCGUGAUGAUCACUGAGUGAGUGGCACUGGGCUCAGGCUGGGCAGUUUGUUGACUGACAAAGAGGAAUGCUAGCAGUUAGGAAGGUGAGGAGGAAACUCAGGAUGGGGACCAUCUGCUCCCCCAACCCCAGCGGGACAAAGACAUCAUCGGAGGUCUGCAAUGCCGACUGGAUGGCCUCGCUCCCCCCUCACCUCCACAACGUCCCCCUUUCCAAUCUGGCAAUCCCAGGCUCCCAUGAUUCGUUCAGCUACUGGGUAGAUGAGAAGUCCCCAGUGGGGCCCGACCAAACCGCAGCCAUCAAACGCCUGGCCAGGAUCUCCUUGGUGAAGAAGCUCAUGAAGAAGUGGUCUGUGACGCAGAACCUGACGUUCAGGGAGCAACUGGAAGCCGGCAUCCGCUACUUCGACCUGCGCGUGUCUUCCAAACCCGGGGAUGCCGACCAGGAGAUCUACUUCAUUCACGGACUUUUUGGCAUCAAGGUCUGGGACGGGCUGAUGGAGAUUGACUCAUUUCUCACCCAACACCCCCAAGAGAUUGUCUUCCUGGAUUUCAACCACUUCUACGCCAUGGAUGAGGCCCACCACAAACGCCUGGUUCUCCGGAUCCAGGAGGCCUUUGGAAACAAGCUGUGCUCUGCCUGCCGUGUGGAGAGCAUGACGCUGCGAGCCCUGUGGGAGAAGAAGUGCCAGGUUCUUAUUUUCUAUCACUGUCCCUUCUACAAGCAAUACCCCUUCCUGUGGCCCGGAAAGAAGAUCCCAGCGCCCUGGGCGAACACCACAAGUGUGAGCAAACUCGUCCUCUUCUUGGAGACCACUCUGAGUGAGCGGGCCCCACGCGGCUCCUUCCACGUCUCUCAAGCGAUUCUCACCCCCAGAGUGAAAACCAUCGCCCGAGGCCUGGUUGGUGGCCUCAAGAAUACUCUGGUUCAUAGGAAUCUUCCUGCCAUCCUGGACUGGGUGAAGACUCAGAAGCCUGGAGCCAUGGGUGUCAACAUCAUCACAUCCGACUUCGUGGACCUGGUGGACUUCGCCACGACUGUCAUUGAAUUGAAUGACCUCCUCCAGGAGGACAGAGCUUUGGCUAAAUGCUGAUUUGGUUUUUAUUUCAAUGUUGGCUUUGUUGAUCCAGGCCAGAGUUCUGAAGGGUUUCCUGUUAGGACGGCCCCUGGGCAGUGAUGGGGAAGGAGGAGGAGGGCAGUUUCCCCUCUUCAUAGGGCCAUUUGGAUAAAAUUAUAGAGCUUUUAAUUGCAUUUUUCCCAAAUGAGACUUUUAAAAAAACUGAAGUCCAAGGGAAGAAGCAUGUUUCGUGUGAUCAAAGUCAGGGUCUCCCCAAUGGCUCAUGA